UUUCUAACACAUUCUUAGUAGCGAACCGAACAGCACAAUACAUAAUAAUCUACGCUUAUUUACACUCGCUAAAAUCACCUUGUGCCGCACUGAUCUAAUUCCUACAUGCCUACAUUUGUCACGCUAUACACAGCAAGCACACAAGCCACCUCCUGACAUUACAAUAAAUCGGAUCUCUUUUAUUUAGUCUGUUGUAUCAUAAUUGUUAAUCGCUUGCCAAAGAGAUGGAGUAUGAUAAUGUACUCUUGUCGAUGGAUAAUAAUAAUAGCUUGUUAGUAGGAGAAAUGGAUACUAGUGAAUUUACGGUUGAAAACAAAGAUAGCACAAAUGAACCGUUAUCGAUCGAAAUGAAGAGUGGGUCUGAUAAUGCUAAUUUAUUUGAAAGUAUGGCUAGCACGUCUUCGGACCAGAAUACCAUCGCACAGAAGACAUGGGAACUGGCGAAUAACGUCGAGACCAUCAGCACAAUCGAUGAGAUUUACAGAUACGACAGGAAAGAGCAACAGGACAUAUUAACUGCCAAGCCAUGGGAUAAAGAUCCACACUUCUUCAAAGACAUCAAAAUAUCUGCACUAGCCUUACUGAAGAUGGUCAUGCACGCACGAUCUGGUGGAACAUUGGAGGUGAUGGGCCUCCUGCUCGGUAAAGUAACAGCGAAUACAAUGAUCGUGAUGGAUUCCUUCGCCUUGCCAGUAGAAGGAACUGAAACCAGAGUGAAUGCUCAAGCUCAAGCUUAUGAAUACAUGACAGCUUACAUAGAAGCAGCUAAGCAAGUUGGUAGACAAGAGAAUGCAAUCGGCUGGUAUCACAGUCAUCCUGGGUAUGGAUGCUGGUUGUCAGGUAUCGACGUGUCGACUCAGAUGCUCAAUCAAAACUUUCAAGAACCGUUCGUCGCGAUCGUCAUUGAUCCCGUGAGAACCAUCUCCGCCGGCAAAGUUUGUUUGGGUGCAUUCAGAACUUACCCCAAAGGGUAUAAACCGGCGAAUGAGGAACCGUCUGAGUACCAGACGAUACCCCUGAAUAAAAUCGAAGACUUUGGUGUUCACUGCAAGCAAUAUUACUCUUUAGAAGUGUCCUACUUCAAGUCCUCCUUGGAUAGACGACUGCUAGAUUCAUUGUGGAAUAAGUACUGGGUGAACACCUUAAGCUCGUCAAGCUUGUUGACGAACGCGGACUACACUACAGGGCAGAUUUUCGAUCUGUCUGACAAGCUGGAACAAUCGGAGGUAGCGUUAGGUAGAGGAUUUGUCCUAGGUGGCACAGAUCCUCAUGAUCGCAGCACGGUGGAGAAGCUCAUAAAGGCUACUAGAGACAGUUGUAAGACUACUAUUGAGGUUAUUCACGGUUUAAUGGCACAAAUAAUCAAGGACAGGCUAUUUAAUCACGUUGGUGGCAAUGUGAGCGGUGCUCAACAAAAAUAAUGAGACUUCGUAAUGUGCGUGAUAAUGAUAUCUCAGUUAUAAGUACAGCAAUGUUUUAUAACUAAAACUACGUAUCUAUGUAAAACUGUCACGGUAUACCCCAUAAGACAUUGAAGAAACGACGUCAUUUGGCUCGUAAGGAAAUUGUUGUAUGAAAUUUUUUAAGAUCGAGAAAUAAAAGUGGAUGAAGUAUCAA